AUGGCCAAGGAAAAGACAACUUCAAGCGAAGAUAACUACGACGCAAGACUACCAGCUGUUCUGCCAUUUGCACAACCUUUGGCGUCGAAGAAGCUAAACAAGAAGGUACUCAAGACCGUGAAGAAGGCCUCGAAGGCCAAGAACGUUAAAAGAGGUGUCAAGGAGGUGGUCAAGGCCUUGAGAAAGGGCGAAAAGGGCCUGGUCGUUGUUGCAGGCGACAUUUCUCCUCCAGACGUGAUUUCUCACAUCCCUGUGCUAUGCGAGGACCAGGGUGUACCAUACAUCUUUGUGCCAUCCAAACAGGAUCUAGGCUCCGCCGGAGCUACCAAAAGACCCACAUCUGUGGUUUUCGUCGUCCCCGGCAGCAGCAAGAAGAAAGACGGCAAGGCCAAGGAAGAAGAGUACCGUGAAAGUUUCGACGAUGUGGUCAAGGAAGUCAAGUCUUUGUGA